CAUAAAUAAUUUCAUUAUUUUAAUUAAUCAUACAAUUUUAUGAUGCAGCAGCUCUUAUUAUUACACUUGAUAUGUGCGUGCGUGCGUGCGCCUGUGUGUGAGAGAGAAGACAGAGGGGAGAGAGAGAGAGAAGAAGUAGUCUUGUUUUCCGAAAUCAAACCCUAAUCCAAAGUCUUUGAGAUCCAAGAAGACAACCCCCAGCUCAUAUAUCCUCCUCAGAUCAGACACUACCACAUAUAGCAUAGAUCUCAGCUCAACGCCGCCGCCGAAGAUUCUAGAAGCUCCACAAAAAUGGUGGCGAUUCAUCUCUGAAUUUGGUACCAUGGUGAAAGCGUAGCUCAAUUCUUUAAACAACCCUAAAAAGGAAACCCCACAAAUUUAGCUCAAUCCUCUUUAGAUUCUUGAUUACUUUCCCUUUUCUUGAGCUUCAAAUUCCAGAUUUAGUAAAAAAAAGAUGGAUAAUCACUCACUGCCGCCGCCGUUCCACACAAGGGAUCACUUCAACCUGCAGCACCAAUUCCACCAGCAGAAUUCCGAAGACGAGCAGAGCGACUCCCCCGGCGGCCUAAACAUGGGGCUGAAGCGCGCCCUCGACGACGGCAAGAGCGACUCCGCCGGCAAAGACGGCGGCAGCGGCUCCGCGGCCGAGGGCGACAUGUCGGCCAGCCGGCGCCCGCGGGGCCGCCCCGCCGGAUCCAAGAACAAGUCGAAGCCGCCGAUCAUCAUCUCCCGCGACAGCGCCAACGCGCUCCGGACCCACGUGAUGGAGGUGGCCGACGGCGGGGACAUCAUGGACGCCGUCGCCAGCUUCGCCCGCAGCCGGCAGCGCGGCGUCUGCAUCAUGAGCGGCACCGGCAGCGUCACCAACGUGACCCUGCGGCAGCCGGCGUCGCCCGGGGCCGUGGUGACGCUGCACGGCCGCUUCGAGAUCCUGUCGCUGGCGGGGUCGUUCCUGCCCCCGCCCGCCCCGCCCACGGCCACGGGGCUCACCGUGUACCUGGCGGGCGGGCAGGGGCAGGUGGUCGGGGGCAGCGUGGCCGGGCAGCUGCUGGCGUCGGGGCCGGUCAUAAUCAUGGCGGCGUCGUUUAGCAAUGCGGCGUAUGAGAGGCUGCCGCUGGAGAAUGAGGAGAAUGGAAUCGGAGGUCAGGGGAAUUCGCUGGGGUCGCCGCCGCAGCAGGCGCCGCCGCAGAUGAUGGCGGACCCGUCGUUGUUUCAAGGGAUGCCGCCCAAUCUGCUCAACUCAGUUCAGAUGCCAAAUGACGAGUUUUGGGCCACUGGAAGGCCGCCGUUCUAGCUCCGGCCGGAUUAUUAUUAACAUAAUUUGAGGUAGCUAUUUUUCUUGUAUUUUAUUUAUCAUUUUAGAUUCUUGAUAAUUUAAUCCAGAUCCUUUUGUUGAGUAUAAUUUUAGAUGAAAAAUUGUGGCUUCCCCACCUUUUUAUGCCUGAGUAAAUUAUUGGGGAAUUCAUUCUUUUUUCCUUUUCACUAUUAUACCAAUUUUUAUUAUUAUUGCA